AUGUCAAACUUUAAUCCCGAUACACCUCCAUUUAUUCCGACGUUUCUUCGUCAGCCUGCGAAGAUUGCGAUGGGGGACGAAGGGCGUGGUCAUGUGUCGUUAGUCCAACAUCGUGGGUGCCCCCUCGUAUUCCUCAUCUUUGGUUGUCGUGGAGCGGGGAAGACGACACAAAGUGAGCGCCUCGCGAAGGAAUACAACCUGCUGCAGAUCUCCUCUGGAGAUAUUUACCUGGAGAGAAAGCAACCAUUUGUUGAGCUACGAAAAAUACUGUUAGAGGAAUUUGGUGAGGGGAAGGAAAGACGCUUUAAUGGCGUUGUACUCGAUCGCUUUGUUGCGAUCAGCGAGUUUGAUGCCUUCUACAUUCAGUCCGCCUUGGAUGCCGUUAAACUUCCGGUUCCGUUUGUUUUUGUACUUGCCAUUGACCCAGCAUUGGCGGCGGAGCGCGCAGGCAUGCGUAGGGACAAUAAGGUUGCCUACCAAUAUUGGCGUGCGAUUGAACAAAAGGCACAAACCGUCACUGGAAGCGCCGUCUAUGCCCCAAUUGGGUGUUUAAAGACAGUCCGCGUCACAAAGGAGAAAACAGUUGAGGACGUCUUUGGGGAGAUCAAGACCACCAUUCAAACGCAAUUGCCGGUUAAUCCUAAGAGUAUCAAACUUCCUCCUGCAGCCCGCUGUGAGGCGAAGGGAAUGAAAUUGAUUGACAAUUAUGAAGACUACAUGGAACUUGUUGUGGAUGUUCAUGCAGCCGUGGGAAAUGUGUCGGGGCGAAGAGACACGGCCCCCUUAUCUACCAUUGGUGCGUACCUGGAUAAGGAGUACUUCUCAUUUGGUCACAAAAAUUUGCGUUCUUUGUUGUCAACGUUUCAUGUUACCUUAAAGGCAGAUGGGCAACGUUAUUUGUUUGUAAAACACAAAUGUUACGGCUACAUUGGAUUUCCUGCCGCGUUCACGCAUUGCUAUGAUGUGAAUAAGCUAUUUGAGGGAGUUGAGAUGAGUUGUGAGGUUUCUCCAGAGUCACAAAAAUUCAUCACAGAUAAGAAGGGGCAUGACCGGGCGGUGGAAAUAUUAUUUGACACGGAGCUGGUGAUUCGUGACGGUAACCCGGUGUUUUACGUUCUGGACUACUUGUAUUUGGGCGGCUUGGAGGGGAAACAAAUGCGAUUUGAGGCCAGACUAAAGGUACUUAGGGACUUCUUUGGUCGUCUGGCGUCGGCCACGAGUGCUAUUUGCUUAAAGGACUACGUUCCCAUCAACAUGUUGAGAACGCUUAUGCCCAAGUGGCAGGAGGCGAAAAUUCCCAUAGAUGGUUUGGUGUUUCAGCACGGUGACGUUUACAAGAUUGGACGCGACAAGUUUCUUGUGAAGUGGAAGCCCGUCGAGCAUUGCACUGUAGAUUUCCGCCUGGCGAAUGGGGUGCUGGAAGGGUCCCAGUGGAUCUUCGAACUCAUGGUGACAGACGACGUGUCGGAAAAUCGUGGGUUUGGCGAGAUCCCGUACGAGGGUGCUCGCGCCACCAUUCCAGCAACGGUAGUGCAUGAAAACCUCCUGUGCAAUGGCAUAAUUGUUGAAUUGGAGCUAAUGUGUGGAAAGGGGGCAACGGAGGGGGAAGCAUCACCUGCGGCAACGCGGUGGUCCUUUAGGGGCGUACGCAACGACAAGCCUUCUCCGAAUAAGUAUAGCAUUGUCAAAAAAAUUGUGGAGCUGAAGCACUUGAGUCUGGAGGAGCUCGUUGAGUUGUGUGAGAAGAUUCCGUUUUACGGCUCUAGCUGA